AUGAACGAAGAUGAUUGGAAUGAAAUGUGUAAAAGUCUUGUUGGAACAGCAUUGACAGAUGGAGAGACUGAAUUUGUUGUUGACCUCUUCAUUCCAUUAAUGGAAUACGACGUAUUUUGUGAAGUUAUGUGCUCUGAGCUUAUGACGUUGUGCACGGCAUUCGUCAUGGACGGACCGAGUGGGAUCGGUAAUAUUCCAGCGUUUCUGGGUGCAAUCCUGUGUGCCAACUGGCCUCGCCAUAUGUCAAAGGCUAUAGACACAAUUAAUCCCAUAUUGUACACGUCGGUUUCCGUUAUAAAAGGUUGGAUAUUAGUGCUAGAAGAAGAUAAUGAGGUAAGCUUUGCGCACAGGGGACUCGCCAUUAGUUCUGCUAGAGCAUUGAGCAAGUAA